AUGGAUAUUCUCAAUGCUUUUCAUCGUUUACCACAAAUAAGUUAUUUUGGUAUUCGACGUGACGAUGAUUUUGCUGAUCGUUUAAAUUAUAAAUAUACAGUUGGUUUAUUAAUAUUUUUUUCAAUUGUUGUUGCUAGUAAACAAUUUUCAAAUGAUCAUAUUCAAUGUUGGGUACCAGCUAUAUUUACACGAAAUUAUGAAAUUUAUGUAUCUAAUUAUUGUUGGAUUCAUAAUACUUAUCAUAUUAAUAUAAGUGAACCAAAUAUGAAACGAACUAAUGAAAAACGUUAUGUAUUACGAUAUUAUCAAUUUGUUCCAUUUAUUUUACUUAUACAAGCUUUAUUCUAUUUACUUCCACGUUUAUGUUGGCGUUCAUUUAGUCGUCAUUCAGGUAUUGAUAUAAAAAAUUUAAUGGAUGCAGCACAUAAUCUUAAAAAUGUUAAACGUUUUCAUAAACAUAAAUCUAUUAUGAGUUAUCUUGUUUCAUUAAUUCAUCAAUAUAUUGGUGAUCCAAGAAAAAAAUUAAAACAAGAACAUAGUCGAAUUAUAGCUUAUAUACAAGGUUUACUUAGUUGUAUAAUUAGUGCAACAAAUACAUUUAAUGGAUAUUUAUUUUUUCUUUAUUUAUUUAUGAAAUUAUUAUAUAUUAUAAAUACACUUGUUCAAUUAUAUGCUAUACGUCUUUUACUUGAACAACAAUGGACUGUCAAUGAAACAAUAAAAGAUUUUCGUCGAAUAUUUACAAUAAAUAUUUUACGUACAAAUCCAUUAUCAAAAUAUUUUCCAAAAAUUAGUAUGUGUGAUUUUCGUAUUAUUGAACCAAAUAGUGAUGAUGGACAUAAAUAUACAGUUCAAUGUGUAUUAACUAUAAAUGUAUAUAAUGAACAAAUUUUUACUGUAUUAUACAUUUGGAUGAAUAUUGUUCUUGUAGUAACUAUUUAUAAUUUUAUAUCUUGGUUAAUAUUUUUACUUUUUCCACGUCUUCGUUAUUCAUUUUUUACACAACGUAUACAUAUGCAACAAAGUAUAACAACAUUACGUACAAGUAUGCAUGUAUUUGUUUAUAAUUAUUUACAAUAUGAUGGAUUUUUUAUUUUACGUCUUAUACAUUCAAAUAUUGGUGAUGAUAUAACAUCAAAUAUUUUAACAAAUCUAUGGAGAAAUUUUCAACGUUCUGAUAAACCGACAUCAGUUGAUAAUUCAAUUGGUGCUACAAUAUCAUUGACAGCAACUGGUAAUAGAGGUUUAAAUAUGAAAACUAAUGGCCAAACUAGUUCCCUAUUUGACUAUACAAAAACUAGUACAAAUCUUUAA